AUGAGGUACGAUGGAACCCAAGACCCUCUGGAACACCUCAUGGCUUUCGAGGCUAGAAUGAAUCUGGAGGGAGUAGGGGAUGAGGUGAGGUGCCGGGCCUUCCCGGUCACCCUAGCCGGACCCGCGAUCCGAUGGUUUAACGGCCUCCCGCAGGGAUCCAUCUAUGGAUUUUCGGACAUCAGCCGUGCCUUCUUGGCUCAGUUCACAACGCGAAUAGCAAAGGCAAAACACCCGAUCAACCUGCUCGGGAUAACCCAAAGACCCGGAGAGUCGACCAGAAAAUACCUGGAUCGCUUUAACGACGAAUGCUUGGAAAUUGACGGCCUAACCGACUCGGUGGCCAGCCUUUGCCUGACGAACGACCUCCUGAACAAGGACUUCCGAAAACACCUUACCACGAAACCAGUUUGGACGAUGCACGAAAUCCAAACGGUGGCCAAGGAAUACAUAAAUGACGAAGAAGUCAGCCAGGUCAUGGCCGCCAAUAAACGGCACUCCGGCUACAAUCAACCUAGGCAACAGGGUAAUGGGAAGAGACACAAAGAACAAGCCAAGGAGGGAGGGCCGACCAAGGCACACAGACCGUUUCCCCGGAUCGGGAAGUUCACCAACUACACUCCACUCACUCUUCCCAUCGUGGAAGUUUACCAGCAAAUAGCCGAGAGAGGGAUCUUGUCGAAGCCCCGACCACUCAAGGACCGUACAGGGGGAACAAGAGCCUCUACUGUGACUACCACAAGGGCUAUGGACACCAAACACAAGACUGCUUUGACCUAA